AUGGCCCCGCCCGAAGCCGCGACGUCUAUUCGGUACCGUCCGCUCGACCGGUCCGGGAACGAGAUUCGCCUGCUCGAGCUGCAGCCGGCGACGACCAACGACAUUAACGAACGCGUCGUAUGCCGCCUGGUCCAUGAGCGGCUAAGCGACCCGUCCGACUUCAUCGGCCUCUCGGCCCUGUAUGGCGACAUCACCGUCACAGAGACGAUCUUCGUCAAUGGAGCCGCCAUAUCCAUUCCUGUCCACCUCGCCCAGGCACUGCGUUACAUGCGAGUCGUCUUCCUGGCCGCGGCGCUACCAACGCCAGAUGCCUCCAUGACCGACCUCCAGGGCUCGGCUGCGAUGCCAGCGCCUUUGCCCACGCCGCCCAAGAAAGCCCCUGGAUGGCUGCGGUCUCUACUCAAGAACGUGCGACACAUGAUCGCCGAGCAAGGCGCGCCGCGCGGAGGCACACCGCCUCUGCGGAUAUGGCUCGACCUCCUAUGCAUCAACGGCCGGGACACGCGUGAGGAGUCGGAGCGGAGGGCUCAUAUGGCGCGAGCAUACCGCCACGCCAAGAUGGUGGUGGGCUGGUUGGGGCUCAAGGACUCGACGUCUGACCUCGCCAUUGAGAUUAUCAAGGCCUGGGACAAGUGCAUGCCCGUCACCUUUGGCGAGCCGGGUGACCGCGAGGCCCAUCCUAACGACUAUGCCCCUGUGCUGCAGUGGAUGGGCCCUGUUGCGCAUCUGAGCAACAUACCCGAGGGCAUCACGGACCCCCGCGAGGUGCCCAGCUACAAGGCCAUUUCUGAAUUCCUUAACCGACCUUACUUUCGCAACGCGUGGAUCCUUGACGACAUGGGCAAGGCGCGCUUCCCAGCCUUUUUGUUGGGCGACGACAUUGUGUCCUGGAUGCAGAUAUUGCGACUGAACCGCGUCAACGAGGAGAUCAAGGACCACGGCGCCGACAUGUUCCCCGACGAACUGCGGCCGCUGCUCGAAUACUUGCCACUGGGCAGCGUCUACGCGUUUUUGAAGGAAUUCGACAACCGGCAGAGGCAGGAUGGAGUUACGCCCGCCAUGCUUACGACUACGAGCUCGGUCAGGAGCUCAUACUCAAUGACGGGCAUGCGGACCAGGUCAAAGCAGUGA